CUGGUUCGAAAGCCCGAGUCUUGGGCGAGAGAAGAAUUACCAGACGGACAUUUCUCGGUGGAGAACCCUGCCGUUUUCCACAAUUCAUGGAUCUUUCAUACGUGUUCCUGGAGUUCUGCCCUCGCCGCUGACAGCCACCGCGUCAGGAGAGGUAGAAAGGCGAGUGGAGAGGGCGAGGGCGAAGACAAGAAGCCGCGCGCGGCUGUGUAGAGGACGUGACCCCUGAAGAACCACCGUCAGGAGCACUUGCUUUUCCCUCCUCCCGUCAUACUCGGAUGCAGGUGGUGUCUGAGGUGAUGGUGUUAACUGGGCGAAGAAGGUGCAACCAUUAUUCAUUUUCUUUGAUUAUGGUUGGCACAUUUCAAGAAAAGAUGGAGCCGUAAGCUGUGAGAGAUGCUGAGGACUGUAUCUCCUGCAUGCAUCCCAUGGGUGUGAUCACAUGCACGGUCCCCAUGAACCCUUCCGGCGAUGUCAUUUACACACACAAGAAGUUCAAGCGGGCCACGUCUGAGGCCUGUGACAAUGCAGAACAGCAGCAGCAAAACGAAAGGGGUAAAAAGAGUGGGACAGAAGUUACCUCAGCAGGUACCAGGACCCCCUCUACCACGCCUCAAGCCUCUCCAGCAGGUGCCAGGCCCACCACUGCAGCACCUCAGUUUACCCCAACACUUGUCAAUGGACAUGUUACAGCUCAUACAGUUGCUAGUGUAACUGGAAGUGUGGUUAAUCAGUUAUCAGUAGAGAAUGAUGAUAACAAAAGAAAAGUCAGUAAUAGUAGUGGUGGAAAGUACAAAUGUGAAUAUUGUGGAGUUGGAUGUGCCAAACCUUCUGUGCUUGAUAAGCACAAACGCACACACACCAAUGAGAGACCAUAUACCUGUGAACAGUGUAGUCUUGCUUUCAAGACUAAAAGCAAUUAUAAGAAGCACACUAGAUCUCGAACCCAUGUUCGGAAGUGUGAUGGUGUAGCUCUUGAUAAUAGUGAUGGAACUAUAGAGUCUAGUGAUAAUGUUGACGGUGAUGUAGAAGAUGGCCCUAAGUCAGCUAAUAAAGAGGGGAGAGCUCAGCAGCUACAACCAGCUGAUCUCUCUGUAUCAAGAACCUCUAUAAGGGACCAGCUCCAAGACCUUCCAUCUGCUUCUGUGAGUACCCAUCAUGAUGAGUUGGGAACUCUUGAUCGAGGCAAAUCUUUGUACAAGCCAAAAUUUCAUAUUUCUGCUCAUUAUGCACACAGGGAGGAAAGAGGCCCUAAGGGCCAAACACCUCCACCAGCAAGACAACAGCCAACUCCACCUCAGGAUGCUCCUCAACUUGACCAUACUGCUAUCAAUCCUUCAACAUAUCAACCCCAUACUGCCUCCACCCAUGGCCAACCCAACCAGGUUGCACCCUCUAACCCUAGUCGUCACUCUCCAAGUCCAGCCAAUGUCUCAAAGCAAGGCCUACCACCACUUGAUAUAUGGGCUGCAAAUAAAAAGGAUGAAGGUGUACUGACUGGUCAAAGGAAUUCAGUAGGAACACCACAAAGUGCAAAUUCUAUAUGGAAAGGAAUUAAAUCUCCAAGUCCAGAAUUAGUUGGGCAACACAUCACUAAGUUGAUUGUGGAAAACCAGGCCAUUGUGGAUACUCACAAUCCACUGUGGUCUAGACGUUACAGAAGGCAGCCCAGUAUAGGCUCAUCAUCAAGUGAGAGUGAUGGCUCUGGCACAAGCAAAAGCCGCCGGUCUAGUCUUGCUGAUUUGACAAUUAAGAAUUCCAAGGCACCAGCUGUUGGCUCUUCAUCAACGGCUCCUUCACCUGCUGGUUUAGGCCCACUACAACAACAAUAUUCAAGAGAGAGAAGUCAUUCCGUCACUGCUGAGGCAAUGAUGGCUGAGUCAAGGUCUUCUUACAGCCCCAGUCUUCCACCCACCCCACACCUGCCUCUUGCUCAGCCUCCAGUCACCCCCAUCAGUGCUUCCAAACCUUCCAUAUCAUCACAAGGACAUACUACCUCUUACUCUCAGUCUGCUCCAGCCUUCACUACCUCUACAAUGGGCAUGAUGGACCUAACCAUGGUGGAGGGAUCACGCAAGAGGAGGAGCUCUGAGGGCCCCUCUGUGGUUAGAGAUAUACACAAGAGUCGGGUGACUCAUGUGGAUGAUCCAGCUAUUUUGCGUCAGCAUCCACAGAAUCCUGAAGGUUCAGUUAUAAAAAGUCUUCUCUUGCACUCUAGAGCUGCCAUUGCAGGUACUAUUGAUCAGAAACUGGAGAGGCUGGAAUGUGAAAGGCUAAACCAGCCAACAGAAGGACAUUACCCGUGCUCCAGAUGUGGCGUGCCUUGCCGCAGUCCAGAGAGUUUGGAGGUUCACCUUCGACAUUAUUGCGGACAGCGACUUGGGGGGACUGGAAGUGAGAGGGGCACACCAGAUUCUGUUAAGAGUGGAGAUGGGGGAAGGUGGCCCAGUGAACAAGAUGUAGCUUUAGAUUUGCAGAAAAAACCUGACCGAACUGAUCACUUUGAGAGAGAGAGAUCACUUGUCAAGAGGAUCAUCAGUUGGAGAGUCAUCGCAGCGCAGAGGAUCAGAGGAGGAAAAUAGAUCAGACCAGAAUUAUCUCCAAGGAUAUAUAGAAGUGAAUCUGCACCUGAAGGAGCAUCACCACCAACCAAAAAAAGAAAAAUGUCUGACAUUGAUUCAUCAUCUCAAGACAGGUCAAUGUUUCUCCCACCAAUUUUUUCCCCUCGGGGACAAGGGGCAAGUAAAGGGGAUGCAGGAAUUAAAAUUUUAGAAGAUAUGAAUAAACAAAAGACAAGCAAUCUCCAGCUUUUUGGUGGUGAGGUUCAGAUUUGUGAUGGCAAUGAACGGAAAACAAUGAGAAUAGACCCUAGCCAGCCACCAAGCCCUGCUAUUGAUAUCUGCAUUCCCCCACAGCAAUUAGGAGGUAACAUACCAAAGGCAGAAGUGUCACUUCCUACUUCAGUUGUGGUAACAAUUGCAAAGUCAGGCUUAAAUUCAGGGGGCACAAUGGUUCAAGUGGAGAGUCAGAUAAGUACUUCAUCAACCAAAACAGUACCAAGUCUUGUAAGCUCCUCCAUAUCACGUGAACAGCCAAGUGUUCCAACACAGACUCAAAGUAACUCAAAAGCACCGCUUUCCACCAUUGUAUAUAAUGAUGCUUCAAAGUUUGCUUUUUCUCCUUUUUUACCCUAUGCACCUCUACUACAACUACCAAACCUGGCUAUUCCAGGAAUUCCCACACCUGAUUUGGGUAGUUUAUCUUUCCCAACCUAUCCAGCUUCUGGCCCAGUACAGUCUUUUCUCCCAGUUAAAAAUUCGCCAGCCCAGGGAAUGGUUGGGAAACAUAAAGUCAACACAAUUCAUUCACCUGCAGCUCCAUCUCCAUGCAAAUUAUCUCCUGGAGCAGGAAUAACUGUAUCUGGACAGCUGCCUUCAGGAAAUAUAGGAAAUCCCCUUGGAAAUCAGCAAGUACAGGUUAUUAGAGAGAAAGAGAAAGAGCAGUUUAAAGGCAAUAGCAAAUCACCUGCUACAUAUCCUGCUCUCAUACCAAUAGGUGAUGAAAAAGUACCUUAUGUACCAGGGAUUCCUGGACCAUAUUCCCAGGCAGGCAUGGUAGUUCAGCCUCCACUGCACAGAAUACAGAAAAAUCCCGCUGUGUUUGCACCCCCAAUAACUGCCUCAUCCUUUAGUCCCAUGGCACAAGCUCCAGUAACUUCCUUGUCACAACCUCCAGCCUUAAUGAGCCCCUCCAGGGAGAAGGGUCUCCAACCUCCAAGAUCCAAAGACUUUCCACGCAGUCCAGUGAGGGAACACCAGUCCUUUCAUGUGACAAAAGUCCCCUCUAGACAGUCCCCACAGUUACCGCCAAAAGAAAUACAAAUAAGCAGAGGCAAAGCAUCAGUAAGUGUUCCCUUUAAAUCCUCUGAACGAAAUAUGACUCCUGAUGUCAGACUCCCAGGAGGAUCAGAGACAAGUGCUUUUGAUAAGAAGGCUACUGAGAAAUCCUCAGUGGUGCUUGAUGAAUCAAGAAAUGACACAGCAGGAAGAGAGGAAACAAAGGAUUGUGAGGAAUUCCUGCCACCACGAAAACGUCCAAACUCACUGGCUUUAAAACCACAGCCUUAUGUACCUAACUCCUCGCUUGCUUUGAUCGGCACAACUUUGGUAAGUCCGGAUACCCCACGGCCCAAGAAAAGUUGUGUGCAAAUGUUUUUGAAUGGCUCAGCAUAUACUUAUCUAGGGCACAAAGUUUCCACAAAGUCUUAUUUUUGCUGCAUAUCUCGACAACAACCCAUGUAUGUACCUCAGUCCACUGAUCCUAAGCUUUCCAUGUAUUCCAACUGGCAGUUACGCAAACCAGCAGAGGACAAUCCUUUAAAUCUUACACCGUAUCAACACAUGAGCUUAUACAUCUCUCGAAAAGUUGACCAAACAUACUCUGUAGCCAAACCAAGAGAAUUAAAUCUCAUUCAGACACACUCUUCAUACUGGACAUUUCCCAAAGUUAGUGAAGAAUGAAGACCCAGUGACAAGGACAAGUGAACCAGGUUCCAGUGAAGACAACAGGCCAGCAAUAAAACGUGAACCAGAGGAGGAAUGUGCUGAACCCUCCAGCAAGAGUAGUGAUGAUGCCGAGACCUCAGACAGCAGUACAGUCAAACGCAUCAAAAUAUUUGAGGGAGGAUUUAAAAGCUCUGAAGAUUAUACAUAUGUCAGAGGCCGCGGUCGAGGGAGAUAUGUUUGUGGAGUAUGUGAGAUUCGUUGUAAAAAGCCAUCUAUGUUAAAAAAGCAUAUCCGUACUCACACAGAUCUUCGCCCUUAUGCUUGCAGCCACUGCACAUUCAGUUUUAAAACCAAGGGCAACCUGACCAAACAUCUAAGGUCUAAGGCUCAUUAUAAACGGUGUAUGGAGAUGGGCAUUGUGCCUGUCCCAACUGUGGUUGAUGAGAGCCAUGUCAAUGAAGAGGCUUUGGCAAUGCAGGGCAAGAUGGAGCAAGAGCAAGAAAGAGUUUUAAAUGGAUAUAGAAGAGAGUUGUACUAAGAGUGAAGCUGAGUUGAAAAGGGAGGUAAGAGAAAGCAAAGAAAACAUGGGCUUGAUUGGAAAUGCUUCAAGAUCUGGAGUGUUAGUCAUGGCCAUCUCGUCUUGUUCAAGCUCUUCCAGUCCAAUCUGUGCUCACAGCUCAAAAGAUGCCAAGUCUCAAAAACUGACUGAUAAUGCUGAAUCCCUUAGAGAUUCUCCUAUGGAUUUGAGUGUGAGGAAGACAGCUGUGCUUAAUCUCUCUCCAUCUCAGGAUAAAAACUUGGCCAUGAAAAAGCCUCCAGUCCCACGCAGACCAAGCUUUCUCCCACUGAUGGCCAAAUCUUCCGUGACUGACCUUAGAUCUCCUGUAGCAAAUCUGACAUCACCUGGUACUCCUACAACCCCUAUUAGAGAGCACCCUUCUGAAAUCUUAUCACCUGUUACUGAAUCAUCAACUCUCCUGAAAAGUAUAUACAAUACAACAUCAAGAGCAACUCAUGUAUCAAACAGGGAGAAGUUAGACAUUGUAAUUGAUCCAAGUAAAGAAAAUGGUUGCAAUAAUUCAAUGCUGCAAGCAUACAUAAAGGAGUGUGCAGUUUUGGACACAACCAUCAAGAGACAGCAGUACAAAGACUCAUCAUCAGAUACAUCACCAGAUUCACCUCAUAACAGUCUAAUCCCAAAUCAUUCUGCAACAUCUGCAUUGACUGCAGGGGCAGAAAAUUCCAAUGAACAGCCCCAGAAACCAGAAAGCAUACAGAAUGACAGAGGAACAUCACUGGAUGAAAUAAAAAGAGAAGGAAGAACUGAAAAUGACAGCUUGGGAGUAAACUCUGAACAAAGUUGUGCCUCAGAGCUAUCCUCUUCGAGUUGUGCAACAGCUGUUAACAGUACUCCCCAAGCAGCCACUUCACGCAUGCCAACCCCUCCUGCCAAUCUCACAGUCAUGAACAAUGGUGGAAUGGACACCAAGACUGCUUUCCUUGUACCCAGUGGUGUUGUUCCUUCAUCUCUGAACAGACUAGGGAACGAUGAUGGUAAGUGCAGGUGCAGCAUAUGCCACAAGGAAUUUAACCGUCCAUCCCAGCUAACUCUUCAUAUGAACAUUCAUUAUAUGGAGCGGCCUUACCGGUGUGAAUCUUGUGCCAUCUCAUUCAGAACCAAUGGGCAUCUUCAGAAGCAUAAAAGAUCUGUCAGUCAUUUUAAUAAGGUAAAUAGGAACAUGACCUUUGGGACCCCAAGCACGGAUAACCCACGACCUUUCAAGUGUCAUGAUUGCAAAAUUGCAUUCCGCAUUCAUGGUCAUUUAGCUAAACACCUCCGCUCAAAGAUGCACAUUAUGAAGCUAGAGUGUCUUGGAAAACUUCCUUUUGGCACUUAUGCAGAAAUAGAACGGUCUGGUGCUAAUCUUAAUGAAAUAGACACCACAGACUGUGAUAAUUCUUUGGAGAGUUUGCAGGUUAUGGCGUCACGUCUCUACGAGAAAGAUCCAAGUAAACUGACUGCGUGGCAGAACCAGCAGCAACAUCGUGUCCGCACUGUCAGCAACUCCUCCACUAACUCUGAUGAUUAUCCUUUGCAAGAUGAUCAGGAUGAUUCUUUUGCUGGUUGUGGCAAUGAUGAUGAUACAGAGGGUGAUGAGGACGAAGAGAUAAACAUGCCUCAGGAUGCUCCGAGACUUGGUGUCCCAGGAUCCAGUGUAGGACAGAUUCCUGCUGAGUUACACAGUCCACACUCCCAUGGGAUACCACCCAUUGAAAUAGGAUCUCAACAGCUAGCCCAUAUCCUAUUAAGGACACACACAUGUAGACUCUGUGAAGCCAAGUUUCCAAGUCACAGUCAGCUGAUGAGCCACAACCAGCGUCACCAUGUGGCAAGCAAUGGGCCGGAUGUAAAGUCUUCGUAAUAUGCCUCAUCAAAAUCAAGACCUCAUUUCACCAGGGAAUUGGAACAUUGGAAAUCAUAUGGAAAAAACAGAAGAAGAAAAAAGGAAACAAGAAGAUCUUGCAUAUGCUUUUCCUAGACUUAGCCCACUGAAGAAUCUGUUGAGUGUGACACUACUUUUACAUCAAGUGAUUAUCUUGGGUCUCAGUUGUGGCAAUGACCAAAUUCCUUGAGAGCCUCUGUAUAUGGCACUACUUCAAAGCAGCACAGUGUAUGGGAGAUGGUCAAAUGUGUUACCACAGGGGCACAUAUCUGACCUUACCUCCUUGGUGCUACCCAAAGAAUGAAGCACUUCGGAUACAUGCCUUAUAGCACUAAACCACAGUUUUCAUAUCCAGAGAUCAAAUAUCCAUGACACUUUGUGGCUUAUGUAAUCCAGAUAUGAAACCUAUUAAAGACAGAUUCCAAAAGUUGAUAUUUUCUGUAAUUAAAGUAUUUAUCAGAUUAUAUUUAAAAGUUUAUCAGUGUACAUUGAACAAAGAGGUGUAAUGUUGCAAUGUGAGUACCAAAGGCAGUUUGAAAAUAUAAUGUGACCUAAGUGCAAUGACAUAUUUCGUGAGGUCAUUCAGAAAGCCAGCAUUUUGAAUACAGGCUUAGAGUGACAUUGAAGAGAACAGUUUUUUAAUGUGAAAUGUCCCUUGGAACCAGUAUGUAUUUUUGAUGUUUCAUAAGCUUUUCUCAUAAAUAAAGGCAGGAAGAUGUGAUCAUCUAAAUUUACUCAAAUGGAAGUGAAAGACUCGACUACAAAGACAGUAACUGGUUUUAGACAGUUGAUAUGAAUUUGCUUAUUGUUUUACUUGUUUAAAUGUGAGUAAAGGAGUGAAUGUGUUUCCUUAAAGCCUAUCACAGUUAAGACUGAUUUGGACUAGGCAUGUGAUAUUGUUAAUUGUGGCUACUGUCACAAGUCACCUACUGAGUAGUAUAUGAAGGAGAUUUUUGAAAUGAUAUUAAAAACCACCUCAUUAUGAGUGGUGGAUGGAUGUUACUCUGCCAAGACAAGUGAUGCUCAAGAGUGUGUGUGUGUUGGCUCAAGACCAGCCGUGUAUAAUGGCUUUUGUAUCUAGCAUUGUGGGUUGUAAUAGUACUUCCAGUCUGCAUAAAUUCUGCAGCUACUAAUUCUUUUUGUGAAGAUGGGUUGAAGAUAUUAUAUGUAUUUUUAUUGUAUAUUGUUUGUAUUCAAGGAUUUGUAUAGACACUGUGCCAAUAUCACUCACCUUUUGAUUUGAAGGGGGAAGGAAAUGUUUCUAUUUGGUAGCCAAUAGUCAGUUGUCUGCCAUGUGACUUUCCCAUGGGAGCUUAUUAUUGAUAGAUAGAUUUAAAUGUAACUUGUGGCAGCAGAUCUGUCAGUAAGCUUAUAAGCUUCACUGAUAGACCUGCUGGGUUGUUCAGUCUUUUUACUGGCCUGUAUUUUGUUACAGUGUACAGUACAAAACUGUGUAUGGCAUUUUAGUGUUUCCUGGCUGUAUAUUUGACAUUUCUUCUUUCUACUAUGUUAAUUAAAGAGUAUAUUUGAAUAGAAACUGUUAUCACUGUGAAGACUACCUGAUAGCCUUGAAAUUCAACUGAAGUACCAUAACCACACUUUACACUGCUCAAAAAUACAGACUAGACAGUCACUUCCUAACAAGUCUUCAUUGUGGCAAAACCUACCAACAAUCAUUUUAUAGAUAUGCUGACAAAAGCAACAGUUACUGGCUAGAAGACUCAGUCACCAUGCACUUUGCAUCAAAAUCAACAUUUAGGAUGAAUAUUUGACAAAUCUGGUAAUUAGGUUAUUAGAGGAACUUGUAUUCAACACUCUGGUGACUAAGAUUUCAGCACAACUGAACUUGAGCACAAAUCAACUAGUUGACAAUCCUUUGUAUAGCUAUCUCAGGGGCACUGGUAGGGGUGGGGGCAUCCAGGAUAAGGCGAGACUUUAAUAAUUAGGGAGCUGGUAAAGGGUUAAAUGUAAGGAAAUGUAAGUGACUGGAAAGUUGUGUUUCAUUUAUUUUUCAUUAUUAUUUUUUCUGGUCUUCCCUCUCUGGCUUGGGUUAUUUGUGUGCACUGGAUGAGCACUUUAAGAGGGAGAAUGGAGUAAUUGAUCAAAUGAAUAUACUUCUGUUGGCGA